AUGGAUUCCAACGGCACUUUUGCCCGUAGUUUCGACGAAUCUCUAACACGCGAACUACCUCAUCCCCGCAUCGCUCCUCUUCGUGAGCCGGUCUCAUCCCGCAUCCUCAGCGUUCCCUUACCCCUCGAGCCCAAUGCGAGUGGGGUCCGGGACCCAAAUUCGAUUUCAAAGACCAGCAAUUCCGCUAGAAAUUUGCCCCCACGGAAUGAACAGAGUCCCGAGGUACCAGAAGGUACAAGCGCUGCUCGCUCAAAGAAGAACGACUUCUCCGCGGACCCCCUGUUGGAGCCACCUCCACGGCCAAUCCUUCCGGCGUUUGUCAACCUCCGUGCUCUUGAACGAUUCCCGUAUUCCUCUUUUGACGAUGACGGCCUACAUUCUCGGAAACGGCGACGUGUGGAUGUUCAUGGGGAUUCUUUUGGAGAGCACUUGCAGCUCCCGAUACCCCAGACACAGAAGGAGCAGCGACCUCCGCCGUUCGGGCCGUUUGCUAUUCUCAAUGGACUUAACGAGCCUCCUCCUAACGCGGCUUUGCUUCCACCCAUCGAGGCCGGCUCGAUUACCCAGCUCCUGACUAAACCCUCGCGAGAUAGUAUUCUCGUGGAGCCAACUCUCUUGGUUACCAUCCCCAUCUCGGAUAGUCAGACUGGGGAAAGAAGAGAAGGGCGGAUUGAGGAUAUUUUGGCUACGCCUAUUGUUGAAAAGCUUGCAGAGCCAGACAAUGCCAGCCUAGAGAAUACGAUCUUGACCAAUUCUAAGACUCAUCAGCCAAAUGCCGAUAAAAGCCAACCUGACGUGGAGAAAGAGCCACCGUCCGCAGAGAAAUGCGAUGAACCAAUUUCUCCUAAAACGAGAGGCCGUUCGCGGAAGAAUCUUCGCAAGUGGACCGAUGAGGAGACCAUAGCACUGCUCCGUGGUGUUGUGAAGUGUGGUAUUGGCAAUUGGACGGCAAUAUUGGCGCAACCAGAGCUGAAGUUCAACAGGCGGAGUGCGUCGAACUUGAAAGAUAGGUUUCGUGUCUGCUGUCCCUGGGCCUACCGGGCUUCCGACCCGAAUGAAGCGACGCGACAACUUCGGGACGCUCUCACCAGCUCCUUAUCACGGACCGAAACCGAUGGUUUGAGCGGCAGUGGUGGGAAACUCCGUCUUCCCCAACCACAAUCAACCGAUUCCGAAUCGCGUUCGAUAGUGAAAGGUUCAAACUUCUCUGGAAACGACUGCUCGUCUUCGAGUUUCUCCUCAACCAACGAGGCGGGGCCAGAAUCUCCAAAGUCCCGCUCUAGAAUUAGCUCAUCGUUCAAAACUACCCCAAUCCUGUCCAGUAAAUCUAGAUCUGCCUUGGUGUCCCUGGGAAUCCCUGAGCCACAUUUUGCCACAAAAUCCCGGCGCCGUUCACGCCGCCUGUUCACUGCAUCCGAGGAUGAAGCCUUGCUGAAGGGAUACGCAGUUCACGGGUUUCAAUGGACACUGAUCCAGCAAGACAAACGCCUAAACCUCGACCAUCGAAGGGCAACUGAUUUACGGGACCGAUUCCGGACUAAAUUCCCUCACGCAUACCGGGAUGGGGGCUCGGUAAACGGAAGAAAUCUGCAUACCGAGACAAAAGAUGCCAUCCUAAAAGACGGAUCCACUCGCCCCCCUGGCAACAAGCAAAGCCCCCUGGACCUCGACCGUAUGCCAUCCGAUGAUCGUCCAGAAAAGUCCUCUAAACUAGAUCAGGCUCCUACGGGGGUUGUAGAUACAGCUCUUCCAUCUCCCGUACCGCCCCAAGGGCCACCCGAGAGCUCCACGGCUGCACCCGCUGGUGCCUUCUCAUUUUCGCUGGACGAGAACGCGACGAAUAAUGCAAGCGUAGACACUUCGUGGACAGCUAACACUCUACCACCGUUGCUCUGGGAGGAUCUCACCUAG